AUGCCACCCAGAUUAGAGGCGCUGCCGCGUCUAGGCACGAUUAAGCUCUGCCUACGACCAGCCACAACCACCCCGAAGACGCCGCUCCUACCGCUCAUCCAGACGGCCAACCUAUCGCAGCGUGAGCGCAAGCGCAAGGCCAAGCAGGAUCCGUACCGGUGGGCACAGGCGCAGCAACGCAAGAACGCCAAUCUCAAGCGCCGGGGAGAGCUGCAGGCGGAGCGCGACGCUCUCCUCGGGGAUCCCAUCUGGGGCCGCAACACGCCCUUUCUCGAAUCCCUCAAGACGGCCGCGCAGCCGACCACAACCGCCACUUCUGAGACUGCCCCCGACGGCAGCAGCACCACGACGCCGCGCAGCCACUACCUCAGCGACGCCGAGAUUGACGAGGUUGCGGAGCACGCGCGCGCGCUGACCAAGCCCGUCGUCGGCGCCGUCAGCGCGCAGCUCGGCGAUGCGCCUGGCGAGGCCGAGGCGGCGGCGCAGCACGAGCGCCGACACUCACGCGCCAUCGAGGCGCUGCACCGCAUCACCGCGCUCGCCAACGGCAGCAAGCGGGACGCGUAUCACUUCAACGUGCGGCGCAUUGUGGACGAGUUUGGCCGGCACAGCACCGACGGCGCGGUGGCGCCCAAGCCCAGGCCGGUCAACGCGACCGAGGUCGAGAUGCCCGGGCGGGCCGGGGCGGACACGGGCUCGUCCGAGGUGCAGAUUGCCAUCCUCACGGCGCGCAUCCGCAACCUCGCGGACGCGCUGUCGGUCAACCGCGGCUACAAGGACAUCCACAACAAGCGCAGCCUCCGCCUGAUGCUGCACAAGCGCCAGAAGCUCCUGCGCUACAUGGAGCGGAAGGAGAAGGGAAGCGGCCGCUGGACUAACAUGAUUGAGAAGCUGGGCCUCACGCCGGCCAUGUGGAAGGGCCAGAUUGAGCUGCGAUGA